CCAAAAGCCACAGAAGGAAAGAGACGACGUCAGUCGCUUGGCUUCCUGCUUGUCACUUGACUGCGAAAAGGCCGGAAAUUAAGCUUUAACCUUUGCGCUCUUUCAUCCACUUCUUAGCACUUUUUUUUCCAUUCCCAAAAUGUCAAAGAACGUCAUGUCCGCCCGCUUCAGGCGAGUGGACGUGGAUGAGUACGACGAGAACAAAUUUGUGGACGAGGAGGACGGAGGGGAGAACCAGCUGGGUCCCGACGAGGCGGAGGUGGACUCCCUCAUCAGACAAGGAGACAACAUGGCAGCUCUACACGCCGUCCUCAAGAACCCCCCCAUCAACACCAAGAACCAGAACGUCAAGGACCGCGCGGAGGGUCUGGUGCUGAAGGUGCUCAGCGCCUUUAAGAACAGUGACAUUGAGAAAGGAGUUCAGUCUCUGGACAAGAACGGCGUGGACCUGCUGAUGAAGUAUAUCUACAAAGGGUUUGAGAGGCCAUCAGAAAACAGCAGCGCUGUCCUCUUGCAGUGGCAUGAAAAGGCGCUGGCCGCCGGAGGAGUGGGCAGUAUUGUACGAGUGCUGACGGCCAGGAAGACGGUUUAAAUGUGGAGCACAUGUUUGACAGACAGACACACGCACACACACAAUGUAACAGAUGGCAUACAAGGAAAAUCAGUUGAGUAGCGCCGAUGGGAUUGUGUGCGAUCAAAUUGCUAGAGAAAAUCUUUGCUGGGUUCUAAAAGAAUUUGGCACAUUUAUCUUUGUGCACAGUCAUGUUUGUUACUAAGUGCACACACGCAUUCUCUGUUUCUGUCUUAAAGUGCUUCAGAUGGAACUAAUGACCCUAGGGAAUUUUUUUUUUUUUUUAAAUAAGGAAUAUUUUCUGGUCAUGACCAAAUCCCAACUUCAUUCAAAAAUUGAAAAUGUUUUUGAGCAAAAUCAGUCAUUUUUGUUUAAUGAGACCAACAAUAGGUGAUACAUAUUUGGUCUGUGUGUUUAUGCACGGACAUCAAUUUAAAAAAAAAAAAAGAAAUGACUCUUGCCUCCAGGUUUUCUGUACCUGUCCUUUUGCAUCUUUAGUGUGCACUGUCCCUAAAUUCCAAUAUAAUGCACAUUGAUUUGUCAUUAUCCCAAACAUUUUGUAUAACCAGAUGAAACCUGUUCAGGUUUUGUCUGCCUUACGAGGUAGAGCUCAUCUGUUGCCAAAUAAAACAAUUAGAUUACUUGUGAGUUCAUAGGAAUGACUUAGAUGCCCUUGUGUAAUGGAGAACAAAAAAUAACGGUGUAAGAGCAGCAACCUUUUUCAUAAACAACUCGUUUCCUUGGCGCUUUUUUAUUUCCCUGCUUAUUUCAGAUCACGCGUGGGUGAAGUUUGCUCAUUGUUUCACCAAAGCUUCACAACAUUUGACUUUAUUUUCAUUCUCAGAAAUGGAGUCAUAAAGGUUCAAUCUUGAUAUCUGCUUCUGCAUCCUCAGAUGCUCGAUGUAUUUUCUAAUGCAGUAUAGGCUGUUUUGACAUGACCAGAAGAACUGUACAAUUGUCUUCUGCUUCAUGUAUUUCUAGUUGCAGGGUAAGGAGUCAAGGAAACAUACCAAACUGAUGUACAAAAAAAAAAAAACUGCCUUACGACAUAUUCCUUUUUUAUGUUUGUGCUUUUUUUGACAAAAAACAAAACAAUAAAUGGUAUGAAUGCUGGUUGAA